GGCCAGAAGACAUAGAUAUUUGGAGCGUAACCUCUAUAACUACUGCAUGUAUUUGAGUCUUGCUUGUUGCAUGGUGGGCUUGUUCUGCAUCGCCUUUGUCUCUGAAAGUGUGAAAUACAACGGUGACCUCAAGCGAAUAAAACAAGAACGUGUGAAAUUAGCAGAACAUUCGACGAAGAUAUUCAAGCGGAUUAGGACAAAGAAGAAUCACAUGCACAUGAAUAAGCAAGGCCAUGGACGAAAUGAGAAGUUCUACAAGAACACUAUUGUGCACUUCGACUUGAAGGGGGCUCCACCAAAAGUGGAGUAUUUUUUGGACCUACUGCAGCUUGUUGCUAAAAGUGGGGCAACGGGUAUUCUCAUCGAGUGGGAGGAUAUGUUCCCAUGGCUCGGGGUUCUAAGAACUACCCGAAAUACAGAAGCGUAUACUGAAAAGGAAGUCGAGAAAAUUCUCGCAAAGGCAAGAAGUUUGGAUCUCGAUGUUAUUCCAUUAGUGCAGACUUUCGGGCACAUGGAAUGGAUGUUGAAGUACGAGGAGUUCCGAAGAUUUAGAGAGAACGAUGAGUAUCCCCAGGUAAUCUGCAUUGGAGAUCAGAAUGCCGUAAAUCUUGUAAAAGAAGCAAUAAGGCAGGUAGCCACUGUGCACAACAAAUUUGGUUUGAAGUACUUCCACAUUGGCGCCGACGAAGCCUUCGAGUAUGGAACAUGUAAGGCCACUGCAGCUCUGCAAAAAUCAAUGAGAAGCCUUGAUAGAGUUGCAAUAAAGCAUAUGGCAACAAUAGCUGCUUACGCCAAAGAAAUUACAAAAGGAGCAACGAUACUGGCUUGGCACGAUAUGUUGAAGAACUUUGAACAGAGAGAAGUUGUCAAAAUGGGUCUCGACACUCUCGUGCAGCCUGUCAUUUGGGAUUACACCGAGACUCUGGCAACAGUUGACCCUCUUCAAUAUGAAGCCAUAGUCAACACGUAUGGUAAAAUAUGGAUGUCAUCAGCAUUCAAAGGCGCCGACUCUCCCACAUCAAAGUAUAAUAGACUCAAACAUUAUAUGGAGAAUAAUGUGGCGUGGAUUUUAGAGGAAAGGAAAUAUCGCCGAAUCUAUCCUUCACGUCAUACUCAAGGAAUUAUUAUCACAGGGUGGUCACGAUAUGACCAUAUGGCGGGUUUAUGUGAAACUUGGCCGGUUUCUGAGCCAUCUAUGGUUACCAACGUUCAGAUAGCAUUGAUCGGUGCACAGAGCGCCUAUGAAGAACUGGACCGAGCGGAUAUUUUGCAGAAAGCAAAUGCGAACGCUAGGCAAAUAAUGGAUUGCUCUCUACAUGAUGGUCUAGAGCGUUGUAAAUUUCCAGGGCAGCAGCUAUAUAAGGCAUUCCAAGUGUAUUACAAGGAAAGACUUGACUGGAUCAAAAAUGACUUAGCCGACAAUUAUCAGAUCAAGGGUUGGCUGUCUCCCUACAAUAUGCGCCACAACAUGACGCAGAACUGGUAUCUGCGACUGAUAGAAAGCACGGUGACGUCUUACCUGCAGGAAUUGAAUAUCAUCACUAGAGAUUUGAAGGCCGAGAUGAAUAAGUUAUUCAGUAACAACACGGUGGAAGAGUUUUUCUUUGCCAACGUUGAUCCAGAUCUGGAAAAGCUGCAUCGAUACCGUGAUGAGAUUAAAAGGCUCAGAAAUUUUCGCGUUUAUGGAAGAAGGAGUUUCCCUAUUCGUCGCGAUUACCAGGGAUUGUGAUUUUUGCUAACUAGCUGAUUCAAUUUUUUCUCGUACAAAUGUUUCUCACCAGCAUCU